CGCCUGCGCCCUGGGCCGGCCGUGGGGGGCGGGAAGCGCUUCGCGGCGGCGGAGCCCAUGUCGGCCCUGAGGCGCUCGGGCUACGGCCCCAGCGACGGCCCUUCGUACGGCCGCUACUACGGGCCCGGCGGAGGCGAUGUCCCGGUGCACGUACCCCCGCCCUUAUACCCUCCUCUGCGCCCCGAGCCUCCCCAGCCUCCCGUUUCCUGGCGAGGGCGCGGGGGCGCCCCGGCCGAGACCACCUGGCCCGGGGAAGGCGCAGGUGGCGAUGCCUACUACCCCUCGGGAGGCGCCUGGGCAGAGCCGGGGAGAGCCGGGGGCGGACACCAGGAACAGCCUCCAUAUCCUGGCUAUAAUUCUAACUACUGGAAUUCUGUGCGACCGAGGGCCCCAUACCCAAGUGCAUAUCCUGUGAGACCAGAGUUACAAGGCCAGAGUUUGAAUUCUUAUACAAAUGGAGCAUAUGGCCCACCAUACCCUCCUGGUCCUGGACCAAAUACUGCCUCAUACUCUGGGGCUUAUUAUGUACCUGGCUACACUCAAAGCAAUUACUCCACGGAAGUUCCAAGCACUUACCGAUCACCUGGUAACAGCCCAACCCCAGUCUCUCGUUGGAUCUAUUCCCAGCAGGACUGUCAGACAGAAACACCUCCUCUCCGGGGUCAGGUCCCAGGAUACCCUGCUUCACAGAACCCUGCAAUGACCUUGCCCCAUUAUCCCUAUGGAGAUGGUAACCGCACUGUGCCACAGUCAGGAUCGACUGUCCGACCACAAGAUGAUGCCUGGGCUUCUGGUGCUUAUGGGAUGGGGGCUCGUUACCCCUGGCCUUCAGCUGCACCCUCAGUCGCACCUGGGAAUCUCUACAUGACAGAAAGUGCUUCAGCCUGGCCUGGCAACAGUUCUCCUCAGCCACCUCCUUCACCGCCACCCCAACAAGCUAAGGACUCCUCCUACUCCUAUAACCAGUCGGGUCAAGGCAUGAGCCGGCAUGGCUUUCCUUGCAGUGUCCAUCAGUAUGAGUCUUCGGGAGCAGCGAACAAUGAGAAUUCAGACCUUCUGGAUUCUCAAGUCCAAUACAGUGCUGAGCCUCAGCUGUAUGGUAAUGCCACCAGUGACCAUCCCAGCAAUCCAGUUCAGAGUAAUAAUCUCCCUGAAGAGUGUUUCUCUUCAGAUGAAGGCACGCCUCCAAGUAUUAAAAAAAUCAUACAUGUGCUGGAGAAGGUCCAGUAUCUUGAGCAAGAAGUCGAAGAGUUUGUAGGAAAAAAGACAGACAAAGCAUACUGGCUUCUGGAAGAAAUGCUGACGAAGGAACUCUUAGAACUGGAUUCUGUUGAAACUGGGGGCCAGGACUCCGUCCGCCAGGCCAGGAAAGAGGCCGUCUGUAAGAUCCAGGCCAUACUGGAGAAAUUAGAGAAAAAGGGAUUAUGAAAUAAUUUGGAAGGAAGGGUAAAGCCUGUUACUAAUGUGGCCAAAGAACUCUUGGAUUUGGUUAGUUACCAUCUUUUGAAAUGCCUGUUGUGACAAGAACAACACAUUCCAACUUCUGACCUAAAACCUGAAAGGAGAAAACAUGGAAGGCUGGCAGAGGACUGGAAGAGCGCGUUACUGGAUUCUGUCGGUUUUCAGAUGACUGAACAGAACAGGAAACUGGAGUUACCAGUACUGCCAAGUAGACCCACUGCUUAAGAAAUCCAUGGGCGUCUCUAGGCUGCUGCUUAUCAGCAGGAGGGAAAUAGACUUUCCGUAACAGGUUCUCAAAGCAUAUUCUGAGACAAACAGGCUGUUUUGUAAGCAUCCAGACUGUCACAUUUUUGUGCAUUGUGACUGCAUAUGCUUCAUGUGUAAAUUAUAGCUUAGACUCUUGGACCUCGGUUUCGUUCACAAAUGUAAUACUACUCUACUUCUUGGUACAUUUUGUAGUACUAUGUUUAAUAUAAUCGAAUACCGGCAGCCAGAUAGAUGGGCAGUUCUGAACAGUCACACCCUUUCCCACUGGGAUACCCUGCAGUGUGUGGUGAGCUCCGGAAGUCAGUCAUUAUCUCCUUUUUGUGUAGCAUGUUAUGUUAGAGUUCUUCCCACUUCUGCUUUUCAUAGGAACCGGGAAGGUGAGUUUGGAAAUUACAUAACCUAAGAAUGACAAUGUUUGUGGACAUUUUACUUCUUUGCUUUUUUGUUGUAUUUGGAUAAAGAUCCACUUUUAAAAUUGCUUUUUUAAGAAAAA